CUCCCUUCCUCCCUCUCUUAUGGCGACGACCCUUUCAAACCAUGUCUAUCCCCACUAUCCCUUAAAUAUCUCCGUCGCUCCAUGUCAUUAAGCUUCAAUCCGGAUCAGUCAUCCCUCAUCAAUACGAAAUGGGAAACUGUUUUUCUGAGUGAGAGAGAUGUCGCCGGCCAGAUUCCAAUCAAUUUUAUCACAAGAGCCGGUGUAUCCGUAACAGCGGCAUGCUUUGGCAACAGUGUAUUCGAGACGCAGUCCGCUGAAAAAUGCAUAUCCAACCUGUUAGCAUCUGGAUAUCGCCGCUUCCUAGUCGAUCUGUACUGGUCCGUAGACUCGCGCGCAUGGAGCUUUUGUCCAGUAGCCAUCCCGAAGGACGAGCCUGUUGUUACCAUUUCUACGACGCCAUCAGUAGGACCAACGGCAACUACGAGCGCUGCUCGAAGUACUGUCACGGUCGGGUCCAACUCAUCAGGAUCGUCGGUCUAUGAGCUGGGCCCCUAUCGGUGUGCUAAUGAUCUGGAUCUCUCGGGUCUGAUCGAUAUUUUCCAGGAUUACUACAAAGACACUACUUCCCAAUUGAAUGUAUACAUCAUAUACAUAACGUUCAAUCUGCAUGUUGCCGCUAGUGCUGCAGCUCCGAAUCAGCCUGCGUCAAAGGUGUCAGGUGACGACCUGCCAGCCUUUUCAGAACGUGUCGAUACUUUGAUGGAUAACCGCCUCUUUCAUUAUAUAUACACUCCGUCGCAGCUGGCCAAGGAGCGCAGUAACCUAAACGAGUCUUGGUAUGUAGUCGAUGAUGGGUACAAACCCAUUACCGAGUACUUUACAAUUAACAAGCUCUCGGAUGGUACACAAAGUACCCCCGAUGGGUGGCCCGGCACAAAAUACGUGCAACUAGCAAAAGAGCGUCGUCUAUUCCUCGAAUAUGGUUCCGUCGAUCCGCAACUAGAAGACUACGACUUGACUACGGGUAAAAGCGAAGUCAUCUUCCCACCGGGAUAUCUAACGUCCACAGUACCUGCGCCUUCGGGCGAUACAAAAGGCUUGGAUUAUGGCUGCCUCUAUGAUGCAGGCGCUUCCCAGGUAUCCCAAGUGAACUCCUCUUGGGCACUCUCAAAUAGCCUCUCUGUUCCCAGAGGCAUGAACGAGACAUACGCUUUGUCUGAACUGUCAGACAGGGUUGUCAAUCUAACCGCGUGUGGACUGACACCGAUCCUCAACAGCACCCUGUUUAACAAGACUGCCGAUGAAGCGGCCACACUAUAUAAGAAUAUAUCUUUAUCCUCUACAUGGGCAUGGGCAGAGGGAGAGCCUCAGGGCUCGGAUGUGGGCGAAGGUAUUGACUCGCCCCAACACGACCGAUGCGCGGUCAUGGACGUAUCUGUAGGAGGCCACUGGCGCGUCACCAACUGUACGGAUAUACGGCGAGCAGCCUGCCGAGUCGGGAACCUACCGUAUACCUGGACAAUAUCCAAUACCGUCUAUAGCUACAGCGAUGCCUACUCAUAUGCCUGCCCAGAAAACACCACCAUGGGAGUUCCGCGCACAGGCCUCGAGAAUACCUAUCUCUACCGGUACCUUCUAACCCAAUCAAGCAACAUUAUCAAUCCCGCAUCACCCGACCCCGCGAAGCGCGAGAUCUGGCUGGACUUCAAUUCCCGGGACAUCACAUCUUGUUGGGCAACCGGUGGACCUGAGGCUUCAUGUCCGUACGCCUCAGAUCCAAAGCAGCUAGAAAAACGGACAGUUUUGGUAUCCGCCAUCGCAGCCAUUGUGAUUUGCAUCAUCACCGCGUUAACGCUCUUCGUCAAGUGUAACGCCAACCGGCGCAAUUCUAGACGAGGAAAGAGGGUUAUCCAUGGGUGGGAGUAUGAGGGUGUCCCUUCUUGAUAAGGGAUAGAAUCUGGCGCGAACAAACAAGCGGCACGACUUCACAAUCAAAAGCCGGUUUGAUGACACGAAGCUCUAUGUAUCUGAUACCCAAUGUACCCCUAUGAUUGGCAAUGUCUAUCGAUGAAUAUCUUCCCUAGUCUAUACUGGUGAUCUCUUUGGACACGUCAUCAAUGGCGACCUGUGCCGCAGAACAAAACCUGGUAUAUAGAUAUAUAUAGGGACAUGAUAUAGAUAAAUAGGUAUAAGAUGGUAAGCUUUAACACGAACGAGUUUAAAUCAUGUAUAACCAAUAAACCAUGGACAGCGUGGGAUAUCCUGAUUCGUGCAUCGCUGUGAGGAA